ACAAGACGCAAAAUGCCACCAAAGAAGAAAGGAGAUAAUUUGGAUGACCUAAAGCAGGAGUUGGAUAUUGAUUUCCACAAAAUCACAGCGGAAGAACUGUACCAGCGAUUACAGACACAUCCAGAAAAUGGUCUCAGCCACGCGAAAGCAAAGGAGAACCUAGAACGAGAUGGACCAAACGCACUUACCCCACCUAGACAGACGCCCGAAUGGGUCAAGUUCUGCAAGAAUCUCUUCGGUGGCUUCGCUCUGCUGCUGUGGAUCGGUGCUGUACUCUGCUUCGUGGCCUACUCGAUUCAGGCCAGUACCGUCGAGGAACCGGCCGAUGAUAACCUGUACCUCGGUAUUGUGCUGGCCGCCGUCGUGAUAGUUACCGGUAUUUUCUCGUAUUAUCAGGAAUCGAAAAGUUCAAAGAUUAUGGAAUCGUUUAAGAACAUGGUGCCCCAGUUUGCUACCGUGCUACGUGAAGGUGAGAAGCUGACACUCCGCGCUGAAGAUCUGGUUAUCGGUGAUGUCGUAGAGGUCAAGUUUGGUGACAGGAUACCCGCCGAUAUUCGUAUCAUCGAGGCACGAAGCUUUAAGGUUGACAAUUCGUCGCUUACCGGCGAGUCUGAGCCCCAGUCCCGCGGACCCGAAUUCACCCACGAUAACCCACUGGAAACGAAAAAUUUGGCCUUCUUCUCGACCAACGCUGUGGAAGGUACCGCCAAGGGUGUCGUCAUCAGCUGCGGCGAUCACACCGUGAUGGGUCGUAUCGCCGGUCUCGCUUCCGGUCUGGACACCGGUGAAACUCCGAUCGCUAAGGAAAUCCACCAUUUCAUUCACAUCAUUACUGGCGUGGCUGUGUUCCUCGGUGUUACCUUCUUCGUUAUUGCCUUCAUUCUCGGUUACCACUGGCUGGACGCUGUUAUCUUCCUGAUCGGUAUUAUCGUCGCUAACGUCCCGGAAGGUCUGCUCGCCACCGUCACUGUUUGUUUGACCCUAACUGCCAAGCGCAUGGCCUCGAAGAAUUGUUUGGUUAAGAAUCUGGAAGCUGUAGAGACGCUCGGUUCGACCUCGACCAUCUGCUCGGAUAAGACCGGUACACUAACCCAGAAUCGUAUGACUGUCGCUCACAUGUGGUUCGACAAUCAAAUCAUUGAAGCGGAUACCACUGAGGAUCAGAGCGGUGUGCAGUACGAUCGCACCAGCCCCGGAUUCAAGGCUCUGUCUCGAAUUGCUUCCCUGUGCAACCGUGCCGAAUUCAAGGGAGGUCAAGACGGUGUUCCAAUUCUGAAGAAGGAAGUCAGCGGCGAUGCCUCGGAAGCUGCUCUACUAAAAUGUAUGGAACUUGCCCUCGGAGACAUAUUGAGUAUUCGCAAGCGCAACAAGAAGGUUUGCGAAAUUCCCUUCAACUCGACCAACAAGUAUCAGGUUUCUAUCCACGAGACAGAAGAUCCCAGCGAUCCUCGCCAUCUGCUGGUCAUGAAGGGUGCCCCUGAACGUAUUCUGGAACGCUGUUCGACCAUCUUUAUCAACGGCAAGGAGAAGCUGAUGGACGAAGAGAUGAAGGAAGCCUUCAACAACGCAUAUCUGGAGCUGGGUGGACUUGGAGAACGUGUGCUCGGAUUCUGCGAUUUUAUGCUGCCAUCGGAUAAAUUCCCUCAAGGCUUUAAGUUCAAUGCUGACGAUGUGAACUUCCCCGUUGAGAACCUGCGCUUCGUCGGCCUCAUGUCCAUGAUUGACCCUCCACGUGCCGCAGUACCAGAUGCCGUCGCCAAAUGCCGCUCUGCCGGUAUCAAGGUUAUCAUGGUCACUGGUGAUCACCCGAUUACUGCCAAGGCUAUUGCCAAAUCAGUCGGUAUCAUUUCGGAGGGUAACGAAACCGUUGAAGACAUUGCCCAGCGUCUCAACAUCCCGGUUUCGGAGGUUAAUCCACGUGAGGCUAAGGCCGCCGUUGUGCAUGGUUCGGAACUGCGUGAUCUGUCCGGAGAUCAGAUCGAUGAAAUUCUGCGUUACCACACUGAAAUUGUGUUCGCUCGUACCUCUCCCCAACAAAAGCUGAUUAUUGUUGAGGGCUGCCAACGGUUGGGUGCUAUUGUCGCUGUCACCGGUGAUGGUGUGAACGAUUCACCUGCUCUGAAAAAGGCCGACAUCGGUGUUGCCAUGGGUAUCGCCGGGUCAGACGUAUCCAAACAGGCCGCUGACAUGAUCCUGCUGGACGACAACUUUGCCUCGAUCGUUACCGGAGUGGAGGAGGGACGUCUGAUUUUCGACAAUCUGAAGAAGUCGAUCGCAUAUACGCUGACAUCCAACAUUCCGGAGAUCUCGCCCUUCUUGGCGUUCAUUCUGUGCGACAUUCCGCUCCCGCUCGGUACCGUUACCAUUCUGUGCAUCGAUUUGGGAACUGACAUGAUCCCUGCCAUUUCUCUUGCGUACGAAGAAUCCGAGGCGGACAUAAUGAAACGCCGGCCGCGUGAUCCCUACAAGGACAAGCUGGUCAACGAAAGACUUAUCUCGAUGGCCUACGGUCAGAUCGGUAUGAUCCAGGCCGCUGCUGGAUUCUUCGUCUAUUUUGUCAUCAUGGCUGAGAACGGAUUCCUGCCGAUAAAGUUGUUCGGCAUUCGCAAGAGCUGGGAUUCGAAGGCUGUCAACGAUCUGACCGAUUCGUACGGACAGGAAUGGACCUACCGUGACCGUAAGACGCUCGAGUUCACCUGUCACACCGCGUUCUUCGUGUCGAUUGUUAUUGUCCAGUGGGCCGAUUUGAUCAUUUGUAAGACCCGCCGUAACUCGAUCCUCCACCAGGGCAUGAGAAACUGGGCGCUCAAUUUCGGAAUCGUGUUCGAAACGUUACUGGCCGCCAUUCUCUCGUACACGCCCGGCAUGGACAAGGGCCUGCGCAUGUUCCCACUCAAAUUCGUCUGGUGGCUGCCAGCCUUGCCGUUCAGCUUGUCCAUCUUCGUGUACGACGAGAUCCGUCGUUUCUACUUGAGACGCAAUCCAGGUGGUUGGUUAGAACAAGAGACGUACUACUAGGUCAACAAAUUUAUAUUUAAAAAGAUUAAUUAAAGAAGAAAACUGAAAAAAGAAGGUGAAAACAACAGUGAAAAAAUAACAAAAAAUGAGCAUAAAAAAGUAAUUAUAUUUUUUUAAUUAUUAAAUUUAUAUAAAGUUAUAAAUUAUGAUUUCCACACACGAAGAAAAGCAAAAGGUUAAAAUCUAGUAAAAAUCGCGAAGAAGAGAAGAAGCAGUAUCUCCCGUCCUCAUCAAGUCAAAAUCCCCUUGCACCUCCGCGUCACUGUCACAUAAAUGCACACAAAUAAACACACACGCCCCUAAUCACGUCUCUACGCACGCGUACCUUCGUGCGUGUCAUAAUAUUAUUGUCUUCUUGAGCAAGCGAAAGCCACACGCGCCAGCCAUCGACCGAAGUCAACACCAACAACUCACUACUCGUA